CAUACCCAAUUGCAAAAUUUUAUCAAAUGUGACGAUAUUGCUAAUCACAAUUAAAAGAAAAAAGAAGUCCAAGAGCUCAUUUGAUAAGAGUAUCAAAGUUCAGGGACCAAAGGUAACAUUUAGACGACAAUGUCACAAUGAGUCGAGUCGGUUCUUUCUUUUUGCCUUUAAUGCCCAGAUUCUUUGCUUCCUCAACCUCACGAGAUCAGAUCAGAGAUCACCGCUAGCUAGGCAACUAAACCAAAAACACUCUGUUUCCACCUUCCCCAUACUCUGCUAUAAAAAACCAAGUCCAGAGCACAAGUAGCCACUCACCUCUAACUCUUGUCUCUCAAAUUCCCAAUUGUUUCCCUCGAGACAGCAAGAAACAAUGGCGGAUUGGGGGCCCGUAGUGAUAGCAGUGGUGCUGUUCGUGCUGCUGAGCCCAGGGCUGCUGUUCCAGCUCCCAGGGAGAGGCAGAGUGGUGGAGUUUGGGAACAUGCAAACGAGUGCGAUGGCGAUAUUGGUCCACACCGUCCUCUUCUUUGGUCUCAUCACCAUCUUCUUGAUCGCCAUUGGAGUCCACAUCUACACUGGAUAGUGGCAGCUAUAGCACUAGCAGCCCCUCUGUUUUUGAAAUCCUUUUUUUUUUUUUUGUGUCUCGUUUUGUUAGACUGAUCCUCUUUCUUGUGCUUUUAAUCUCUUCCUUUAUGUGAUAUUUGUGAAUUUUAUUUUAUGCGAGUGCUUGGUCUUACUCAGAUUUGGACUUGGUGUUUCAUUUUUGGGCUGAAUGAUCAACGUAACUGUGUUAAGCUCAAUAGCUGUAGAGUGGCAAAAGCAAAGCACCACUCUGUAAGUUCACCAUCAUCAACUAUACAACUUCCUAAAAAAAAAAAAAAAAAUCUACAAACUAUAAGGAGUCUCUAUAUUGAUUUGAAACCAGCAUCUGCUAAAUCCUCUUCCAACCCUUUUUCUAUACUUCGCUAACCAGCCACGGAUCCAAGACUGGGUAGAGCACUGGGCCAUAUUUUAAAAAUAGAUAAAGUGAGCUGGGCCAU